GUGUAGCGGCGGAAGAUGGCGGGCGCUGCUGGGCCGAGCUGAGCAGCGCUCGGGGCCGCCGCCUCCUUCCGUGUCAGGCUCCGGCUGGGCCCGGGCAGCCGCCGCAGGGGCCGAGCGCGCCCGGCCGUGGGGUAAGCUUUGUUACCUAGAAGAAUUUUAAAUAGUGUGUGAAGAUGGCGAGUCUGAUGAGUCAGAGUCUGUUGACCUACGUAGAAGAAGGAAAUGUUCCUGCUCUGAAAGCGCUUCUUGAGAAAUGCAGGGAUGUUGAUGAGAGAAAUGAGAAUGGCCAGACUCCACUUAUGUUGGCUGCUGAGCAAGGCAAUUUAGAAAUUGUCCAGGAGCUUCUCAAGAAGGGAGCUAAUUGCAACUUGGAAGAUGCAGAUAACUGGACAGCUCUUAUUUCAGCAGCUAAAGAAGGACAUGCAGCUAUUGUUGCAGAGCUGCUCAGUUAUAAUGUCAAUUUGGAGCAUCGGGAUUUGGGAGGAUGGACUGCCCUGAUGUGGGCAUCAUACAAAGGCCGUACUGAAGUGGCUAAACUGCUGCUUGAGAAAGGAGCAAAUCCAAACAUCACAGGCAUGCAAUACAGUGUUUAUCCAAUUAUUUGGGCAGCGGGACGUGGCCACUCAGAUAUAGUCCAUCUCUUACUGCAGCAUGGAGCUAAAGUGAACUGCUCUGACAAAUAUGGAACCACCCCACUGGUUUGGGCAGCAAGGAAAGGUCAUUUGGAGUGUGUGAAAUACCUGCUGCAAAUGGGAGCUGAUGUUGAUCAAGAAGGAGCUAAUUCUAUGACUGCACUUAUUGUAGCAGUGAAGGGUGGCUAUACUGACUCAGUAAAAGAAAUACUGAAAAGGAACCCAAAUGUAAACCUAACAGAUAAAGAUGGAAAUACAGCUUUGAUGAUUGCAUCAAAGGAGGGACAUACUGAAAUUGUGCAGGAUCUUCUUGAUGCUGGAACUUACGUGAACAUUCCUGACAGAAGUGGAGAUACAGUGUUGAUUGGGGCUGUUAGAGGUGGUCACGUUGAAAUUGUGAGGGCCCUGCUCCAUAAAUAUGCUGAUAUAGAUAUCAGAGGUCAGGAUAAUAAAACUGCUUUAUAUUGGGCAGUUGAAAAAGGAAAUGCUACAAUGGUGAGGGAUAUCUUGCAAUGCAACCCUGACACUGAGACAUGUACCAAGGAUGGAGAAACACCACUUAUAAAGGCAACCAAGAUGAGAAAUAUUGAAAUAGUAGAGCUUCUUCUGGAUAAAGGAGCUAAGGUCUCUGCUGUAGACAAGAAAGGAGAUACUCCACUUCACAUUGCCAUUCGCGGAAGAAGCCGUAAACUUGCUGAAUUACUCUUAAGAAAUCCAAAAGACGGUCGAUUGCUUUAUAGACCCAACAAGACAGGAGAAACCCCUUACAAUAUUGACUGUAGCCACCAGAAGAGUAUUUUAACGCAGAUAUUUGGUGCCAGACACUUGUCUCCCACGGAAUCUGACGGUGACAUGCUGGGCUAUGAUCUGUACAGCAGCGCUUUGGCUGAUAUUCUGAGUGAACCAACCAUGCAGCCACCUAUCUGUGUAGGCUUGUAUGCACAGUGGGGAAGUGGAAAAUCUUUCCUGCUCAAGAAACUAGAAGAUGAAAUGAAGACUUUUGCAGGACAGCAGAUUGAACCUCUGUUUCAGUUCUCCUGGCUUAUUGUAUUCCUCACACUUUUGCUGUGUGGAGGUUUGGGUUUGUUGCUUGCUUUCACAGUGGACGCAAAACUUGGAAUAGCAGUGUCACUCAGCUUAUUAGCUGUUCUCUACAUUUUCUUUACUGUAAUUUACUUUGGUGGCCGGAGAGAAGGGGAGAGAUGGAACUGGGCCUGGGUGUUAAGUACAAGGUUGGCAAGACAUGUUGGAUAUUUAGAACUGCUUCUCAAACUCAUGUUUGUGAACCCACCAGAACUACCAGAGCAAACCACUAAAGCUUUACCUGUCAGAUUUUUGUUUACAGACUACAAUAGACUGUCCAGUGUAGGUGGAGAGACUUCACUGGCUGAGAUGAUUGCUACCCUCUCUGAUGCCUGUGAAAGGGAAUUUGGUUUCCUAGCAACAAGGCUAUUUCGAGUUUUCAAGACAGAAGAUACACAAGGUAAAAAGAAAUGGAAGAAAACUUGCUGCCUCCCAUCCUUUGUGAUUUUCCUCUUCAUCUUGUCUUGCGUUGUUUCUGCGAUCGCCCUGUUGGCAAUUUUUAAUGUGGAAUCAGCCAACAUGACAGUGAAUGUUAUUCUCAUAACAGUGACCUGUAUUGUUGGUUUGGCUUUUUGCUUGAAUUGCCGCACAUGGUGGCAGGUGAUGGAUUCGGUUUUGAAUUCUCAGAGAAAGCGUCUUCACAGUGCUGCCUCCAAGCUUCACAAGUUGAAAAGUGAGGGGUUCAUGAAGGUUUUGAAAUGUGAAGUGGAACUGAUGGCCAAAAUGGCAAAAACCAUUGACAGCUUCACUCAGAAUCAGACAAGGCUUGUUGUAAUUAUUGAUGGAUUGGAUGCUUGUGAACAGGACAAGGUUUUACAGAUGCUUGAUACUGUACGAGUCUUGUUUUCAAAAGGCCCCUUCAUUGCAAUUUUUGCAAGUGACCCACAUAUUAUUAUAAAGGCAAUUAACCAGAAUCUCAACAGUGUUCUACGUGAUUCAAACAUAAAUGGCCAUGAUUACAUGCGAAAUAUUGUCCAUUUGCCCGUUUUUCUGAAUAGCCGAGGGCUUAGUAAUGCAAAAAAACUGAUGGUAGCUUCAACAACCAAUGGGGAUAUUCCUUACGCAGAUAAUGCAGGAUUGCAUGAAGAGGUUGACAGGAGAGUUUCUCAGAACAGUCUUGGAGACAUGACCAAACUUGGUAGCAAAACUGCUCUCAACAGGCGGGAUACUUACCGAAGACGCCAGAUGCAGAGGACCAUUACCCGCCAAAUGUCUUUUGAUUUGACCAAGCUGUUGGUUACAGAGGAUUGGUUCAGUGAUAUCAGUCCUCAGACCAUGAGGAGGUUGCUAAAUAUUGUUUCAGUGACAGGUCGUUUAUUGAGAGCUAAUCAGAUCACAUUCAACUGGGACAGACUGGCAAGUUGGAUCAAUCUCACAGAGCAGUGGCCAUAUAGAACAUCAUGGCUCAUCCUGCAUCUUGAAGAGACUGAAGGUGUUCCAGAUCACCUGACUUUAAAAACCAUCUAUGAGAGAAUUUCAAAGAAUAUUCCUACAACUAAAGAUGUUGAGCCUCUACUUGAAAUUGAUUCAGAUAUACGGAACUUUGAAGUAUUUUUAUCCUCACGAACACCUGUCCUUGUUGCACGUGAUGUAAGAACCUUUUUGCCUUGUACAGUGAACUUGGAUCCCAAGCUACGAGAAAUCAUUGCAGAUGUUCGUGCUGCAAGAGAUCAGAUGAAUAUUGGAGGACUUCCUUAUCCCACCUUGCCUUUACAUGAGGCACCUGCUAGAGCAACCUCUCUGUUCAGUCAGCCUUCCUCAGCUUGCUCUUCUACAACCUCUUUCAAUGGGCCUUUCAAUAGUGGAGUUUUAUCCCCACAGCCUCACAGCAGUUACUAUAGUGGUAUGACAGGACCUCAGCAUCCAUUUUACAAUCGGCCAUUCUUUGCCCCAUAUCUUUACAUGCCAAGGUAUUACCCUGGCAGUUCUCAUCUCAUCUCACGUCCACCACUAAAAACGAGUUUGUCCAGAGAUCAGAACAAUGGCCUAGAUGUUAUCAAGGAGGAUGCUGAUGAGGGGCUUCCUUCACCCACAGACCCCUCAAUGAUGUGUAAGUCUGAGUUAAACAAAAACAGACAGGGAGCAGGAGCAGGCACAGGGUCAGCCACAGGAGUAUCACAUGUGUCUCUCAGCACAAUGAGUGUGGAAGCUGUGUGUGAGAAGCUAAAGCAGAUAGAUGGUCUGGACCAGAGCAUGCUACCUCAGUACUCUGCAACUAUAAAAAAGGCAAAUAUAAAUGGCCGUGUCUUGGCUCAGUGCAACAUUGAUGAACUGAAAAAAGAAAUGAGUAUGAAUUUUGGUGACUGGCACCUGUUCAGGAGCAUGAUACUUGAAAUGAGAAAUUCAGAAAACCAGGCUGCUCAGGAAGAUGCUCGUGGAGCAGCAGAGCACGGUACAGCUGCGAUUCCUCACGGUGACCUUACUCGCCGUCCUGGCCAUAACACCGAGCUGCCUCACACUGAGCUCACAGGUCUUGCUGGUCAAGCUCCCUACACACUGAACUUCAGCUUUGAGGAACUCAACACAAUUGGUCUCGAUGAAGCUCCUCCACGCCAUAGUAACUUAAGUUGGCAGUCACAAACUCGUAGAACUCCAAGUCUUUCAAGUCUUAACUCUCAAGAUUCUAGUAUUGAAAUAUCAAAGCUUACAGACAAGGUGCAGGCAGAAUACAGAGAUGCAUAUAGAGAGUAUAUUGCUCAAAUGUCACAGUUAGAAGGAGGUGCCAAUUCUACCACAGUCAGUGGGAGGUCCUCCCCUCAUAGCUCAAGUGCUUUCUAUAUGGGCCAGAGCACGUCAGGGGGCUCCUUGCACUCCAGUGCAGAACAAGAAAAAGGAAAAGAUGGUGAACAGAAGCAAGAUGAUGGAAGAAAGUCCUUUUUGCUGAAGAGGAAUGAUGUUGAUUACAGUACUUCGGGUGUUUCUACUAAUGAUGCAUCUCCUUUGGAUCCCAUUACUGAAGAAGAUGAAAAAUCUGAUCAGUCUGGUUCCAAGCUUCUCCCAGGAAAGAAGUCUUUGGAAAGAACAAGUAUUUUCCAGGCUGCAGAUUUAAAGCUUAAGGGAGUUACUCUCCGGUAUCAGAAACUUCCCAGUGAUGAAGAUGAGUCAGGAACUGAAGAAUCAGAUAAUACUCCACUUCUUAAGGAAGGCAAAGAUAAGAAAACAGAUAUCAAAAUAGAGAAGCAGCCCAAAUCUCCAGAACAUGGUUCUGAGCCUAUUAGAACCUUCAUCAAAGCAAAAGAGUAUUUGACAGAUGCCCUUUUAGAUAAGAAAGAUUCAUCUGACUCUGGUGUAAGAUCCAAUGAAAGUUCUCCAAAUCAUUCCCUCCACAAUGAAGGAGCAGAUGAUUCACAGCUUGAAAAGGCAAAUCUCAUUGAGCUUGAAGAUGACAGUCACAGUGCAAAAAGAGGAAUUCCACACAGCCUUAGUGGCCUUCAAGAUCCAGCUGUGGUUCGCAUGUCUAUUUGCUCAGAAGAUAAGAAGAGCCCUUCUGAAAGCAGCCUGAUAGCAAGUAGCCCCGAAGAGAGCUGGCCAGCCUGCCAGAAAGUCUAUAAUUUAAACAGAACCCCUAGUACAGUCACCUUAAAUAACAACAGUGCUCCAAGCAAUCGAGCUAAUCAAAAUUUUGAAGAAAUACAAGGUAUCAGAGAUCCAUCUCAAAUUAUCCUGCACCCUGGCUCAGGUUCCAAUUCAACUGCAGUUCAGAAUGAGAACCUGAAGACGGUUGCUCACAAGCGGGGCCAGCGUUCAAGUUAUACCAGGCUUUCAAAAGAUUCAUCAGAGCUCCACACUGUUGCAGCCUCAGAGGGGGCUGGUUUUGGAGAAGAGAGAGAGAGUAUUCUCUGAAGAGCAACCAGAUUAAAAAGAAUAUGCUCAUGAAUUGUAGCUUGGAAUUCUUUGUCAGUCUGUGGUUAUAUUAAUCUCUGUAGUUCAAGCUUUAAAUAUUGUAAAGGAAGGCCUAGAUGAUUUUCAGUCAUGUUCUCUGAAAGGAGGAGUAAUUUCUGCAAGGAGCAAACUACUUCAGACCUUCCCUACAUAUAAAAGCAGUAGUUCUCAGCAUGGAAGAUCAGUUCUUUGUUAAAAGACUGUGCAAAGUUUUGGUCAGGGGAAGAUUUUACAGAAGUAUGGUUUAAUUAUGAAAAGUACAACGUGAUUUUUCUUUUCUCUUGGGAUAUAUAUUACUUAUCCUAUCUAAACAUUCUGUUAAUUCUCCCUGUUUGCAAGUAAAGUUAAUACUGUCCAUCGUUGCCAUUUGAUGUACAAGGUGCCAGAACAUCAAAUAUCUGUGACAACCUUACCAAACUUUGCAUUAAUUUAUGAAUUAAUGUGUGCAACAUAAAUUACAUACAUUGAAAUUUGAGUGUUAAGGUACUUGUUUGGCUAUAUGUAUGCUUUUGCUCUCUGUAUGUUCAGUAGUUACUGUUGAAUUUGUGAACUUUGGGUAGAGUGCUGACAAGGUUUGUAAGGAACGUUGUCUUUAUGUGUCACUGGAAUUGGCAGUUAUUUAUAAGGUAAUACCUUAUAAUUGACUUAGUGGAUCCAUUAUUUAUUUUAGGUACACAGUUUUGCAGUCACUGAAUAGAUGGUCUCAGUAGAUGCAACCACCACAUUAAAAUAGUGUAAGGAUAAAGUAUGAAUAUGAUGUUUGAAUUUAUGAAGCAUUUGUGGCUGUGCGUGGUUUUUCCUUGGUACAGUGUUUAUCAUUUGGUAAUGGAAAAAAAAAUAAGCAGUGUUUAAAAUAAACAUUUUAAAACUAAUGCAUACCUUUUGGAAUCUUGUCAAAGCUGUACUCCAGCUUCUUUAUUUCUGAAGUACAGUCUUUGAAGAUUUUUUUUAUCUUCUGUGUGAUGUACCUGAAUGAUGUUAUAGCAAAUACUUGUGCUGUCCAGUGAAAUCUGCAUGGUUUUGAGAAGGAAUUGUUCAAGCUAGACUCUGCUAGUAGAAAGAAAAUAAAAAAUAAAUGCAUGUUGGGCUUGUGUCCAAAUUUCUUUUUA